CUAUGCAUUAUGAACAGAGCAUGAUGCAUGACAUUUCUACCAUGGUGCGUGAUUUUAUAUGUCGAAAGUCGGUUUGUUAUCGAAUUUCUUUGGCAUUUUUUCGUCAUGCAUUAUGAGAAUGUCGACUGUAUACACUGUACAGUCAGCUUCAAGUCAGCUUGCAGUUUUUUCUUCAAAGUUCGACUUCAGCAUAUUUCAAAUUUUCCUCCAUGGAUCUUCUUCUUGAAUCUAUAUCAGUAUACCCGUCCCAAAGAGUCAUGCACCCGGCCUUGCGAAACCUCGAAGUAAUAUACACGAUUAGCUCGUACACUGAACGUAGAUCGCUUCCUGCACUUGCAGCCACAUGCCGCGCAUUUGAGCACCCAGCACUUAAUGCCCUUUGGAGGGAUUUACAGUCUCUGGACCCUCUAAUCAGAUGUCUACCAAAUGACCUGUUUGACAGGGAUCAGGGAAUUAUGAUACUUAAGAAACCUCUCGACAACGACAUGUGGGAGACUCUUAGCAGUUACACAUCCCGCGUUCACUCGUUCACUCAAUCCGGCAACCUGACGGGUAUCGAGCUCCUCGGCGAGCUAAUGUUGUCUUGUCCCUUGACACCUGCCUCCUUAUUUCCCAACCUUCGCAAAUUGACAUGGAAUGGCGAUGGAACCCACAGCGCUGCAGAAAUCUUGCGCAUGGCUUCUGUGCCCACCCUAGUGGAGUUGGAUGUGUGGAUGACUUCAACUUCCUCCGCCUUCGUCUCAGUCCUUUCCUCUAUUGGGACCUUGUGUCCUCGCCUCCAGAAUAUGGAAUUAAGACUUCUCCCUGUAGAGUGCACUCGUAAAGUUUCACCAUUCAUCAUACAAACUCUUUCUCAGCUCCAACACCUUCACACAUUGGCGGUAUGGGACCUAGGAAACCAAGGCAUUCAGCAAAUCAUGCAGCUUCCAGCUCUGCAGUCACUGAACUUGGACUUGAAAACAUCGUCAGCUUGGGAGACACGGUCGCAUUUGCAAUUCCCCGGCUUUCAUCCUUUGAAUCUUUUCGGCAUGUCUAUCGAUUCGUUCGAGCGAGCCUCGAACUUCUGGGGUUCACUUCAGGUCGUCAAAAGCAGAGAAAUCGCGGUCGGCUUCACCUCCCAGGCGGCGCAGUCCCCUGCGAUGCUAUCCCAGUUCUUCACCAUCAUGCAAGAGAGAUGCGACAACGACACAUUGCUGCGCUUCCUCCUCCAUGGAUUUUCGAGCAAGGUGCACACAGAAUGGGGUGUUUUCACGUCUUUGCACGCGUACCGUAAUUUAACGGGGUUGCGCAUCGACACUGGCUGUAAGAUAUCCAUCUCUGACGAUGAGCUUUGCCAGCUGGUGAGAGGCUGGCCUAAGCUCCGAACCCUCGAAAUCAGUCGCUGUGUCUCCAUUGAUACCACCACAGUACCUACAUUCCACGGGAUAACACGUUUGCUUCAGCUCUGCCCCGCUCUGUCUUCGCUCGGUCUUGUCAUUGAUACUACCAAGCUGGAAGGCAUAGAUCUUAACUCCCCCUACAGUUGGAGCUACAACCGUCUUCAAUGUCUCACCCUCGGAAAUUCACUCAUCGAGUCCCCGCCAAAGGUAGCUCUCAUCCUGAGCUGCCUCUUCCCCCUCAUCCGGCGGGUCGAGCUUCGUUGUUGGUAUGAGGCCCCGAUGAAUUCGUUACUCCAGAGGAAGUCGGAGAUGGAGUCAUGGGCGUCAGUCAAUAGUAUUCUUAGAGGUGUACUGGAGCGACGCUUCAAAGCUUAUCGAGAUCUCAAUCCUUCCAGUACGUUUUCACUGGCGCGUUACUUAGCUCAAUAGUCUCCGUAUCCAAGCGUCCGGCGCUACUUGUCUGAAUGGCCAUUACUUGUCUUGAUUAGGAUACUCCCCUGACUGUGCUGAACAUGCAUAUCGUCAAACAAACUUCGCCAAAAUGUUGCGCGGCGAACCUCUCACAGAGCUUACCCUGGCUAGAGACUAUACGCAAGCCCAAUACAACGCCCGAGACAGACUCACAGAAUACGAGCACAGCAUGGUUGGGCGGGAAAGGCAGCCAAGUCCUGCCAGCGUGAGGGAUGAAGACAAAGACUGGGAGUUGGCGGUGAUCAUUAUCGCAUGCUCGUCGUUCAAGGGGAAUUACCGGAGGGAGGCAGAAGCACUCUUGAAAGCGUUAUUUACAUGAAAGGCUCGCUGUAC